UUUGAAGAGGUGCAAACAAGGUUUGCCGGCUUUCAGAGAGACUAUGCCCAGUCGAGAGACCAUGGAAGACUUUGAAAACCGUGAGCCAUACAAAUAUCUACAAUUUUCAUAUUUUGAACCAAUCAGACGUGGACUUGAUUUUGUAUUUUGGAUCAUUGUCUUGCUGCAUACCUCAAUUACGCUUCAGCUUCAGCUCACAUAGACAGACGAGCGGACAUUCUCCUGAAGAAUGUUAUGGUGUAAAGCAGAAUUCAUGGUUCCUUCAAUAAAGGCAAGUUGUCCAGGUCCCGAGGCAGCAAAGCAUCCAUCACACCAUUUAGCCAGCAGCCAUACCACCAUGCACCCUGCUCCUGCUGAACGCCUAAAGUUAAAAAAGUGUGGGCUUGGUUAGUAUUUGCUUGGGAGACUGGUUAGUUGCUUCUGGAAGUUGUGUUGGUGGGCAAGCAGGGGGCAGUCCUCCCUCUGGUGAAAUAAAAAACCCCAAUGCCCCAGUUUAGUGAUGGGGGCACUGUGUUGUUGGAGAUGCCGUCUAUCAGAUGCGAUGUUAAACCAAGGUCCUGACUCACUGUGGUCAUUAAAGACCUCAUGACGCUUGUUGCACAAGUGUAGGGGGUUCCCCGAUGUCCUGGCUAAAUUCCCAACCUUGCUCAAACUUGCCACCUAAUUAUCCCCUGAUUUAAUUGGCUAAAAAAUGUUCUCUCCCUCUCCACCUUAGCUAAUGUGUGGUGAGUGUUCUGGCACAAAAUGGCUGCUGUGCAUCACCCGGGUGGGUCCUACACAUUGGUGGUGGGUGAGUCCAAUGACAUGGCGAAGGCUAUAGCAGCUACUCAGACCUUUAUGCUGAAGCAGCCUGAAGAUAAGAUGAUGAAGAGGAACAUGGACUACUACAGGAGCCUGCCAGGAUCCCAGGAGCACCUGCGCAACCUGGAAACAAGGUCCUAUGAGGCACCGUUCCUCAGGGCUGUACGAGCCCACAAUGCGGAGAACUACAGGCGCGUCGUGUCGGACAUGGAGCUGGCCCUCAGCGACUUUCUCAAGGCCUAUGACAGCUGCCUGGCUGCCUCUGAGGGCUCCAGAGAAAUCCUUGACUUCAAAGACUUUUAUGCCUCCAUAGCCGACCAUUACACAGAAACAUUGAAGCGGAAAGUCAAGUGCGAAAGUGAACUCACUCCAGUUGUGGGUGGAUUUGUCAUCGAGAAGUUUGUGGCAACAAUGUAUCACUACUUACAGUUUGCAUAUUAUAAGUUGAAUGACACGAAGAAGGCAGUGCCAUGUGUGGCCAGCUACAUGUUGUUUGACCCCAGUGAUAAGGUCAUGAAAAGCAACCUGGCUUACUACCAGCUUCACAAAGACAAAUGGGGUCUCACCGAGGAAGACUUCAGACCCAGGGCUGAAGCGGUGCGAUACUUUAAUCAGACCACGAUGCAGCUGGAGAUGUUGCAGUUUUCACAGCAGCACCUGCAGGAUGAUGAUGAGAUGGAAAUUAAAGGAUACUGGUCUCACGGCCUUGAAACAGAGCAGGACUGGUCUGAUGCACAGUUUGCAGGGGAGGGCAACUAUGAAGAGGGAAUCUACGCCUCGCAUUACUACAAGCAGCAGCCCAAACAGAAAGGAGAUCUGGGAGAGUGACCUUUGACCUUUGCACCCAGUACAAAUGAGAGUCCAAAAGUGGUUGUAGGGCGGCCGGUAGUGAGCUGUUACAUAAACAAAGUGUUUAAUCACUCCAAGGAAAGACAUGGUAUACAUUUCAUAUAGUCCCGUCAAGUGUGUUGGUCAUCAUGUAUGGUAAAGACCAAAAACACAGGCCUGAAAUAUUGAGUGUACUGAGUCAUCUUUAAAGGUUCACUGUUAAACUCAGGACUACAUUUACAAGUGUGUUAGGUCAUCAUACUUCUAAACACAGGCCUACACAGAUGUAGGGCAGCAUGUACAGUAUGUAGUAUUUCAUGUACGAAGGGCAGUUAAAUAAAUGCUUUAUCUUUCUCAAGGUAUGCUGGCAUUCCUAGGGGCAGAUUUGAGGCCAACAGUUUUUGUGUUUGUCUGUGUCCCCAUGGAAGUAGUCAUGCUUAUUAAGCGCAUAUGCUAUUUAAAUAUUUAUUCUUGUGGGGUCAUAAGAUAAGCCAUCCAGAGCAUUAUAAUAAAGAACCCCAACUUUGUCAUUUGAUCAAAAAAUAUUACUACUAGACACAUUAGUAUCCUGUUCAAGAGCAAUGAAAGCAGCUUGUCAGCAUGAGAGACAUUUCUUGUGAAAUUUUAGAAUAAUUUUGGAUUACUGAUUUGUUGUGUUUUAAUUGUAUGAUGAUGUAUUAUAAAUUAAAGUUUUUCCAAAAAAUUGCCUGCUUCU